AUGGCAAGGGGGAAAAGAAGAGUAUCGUCAAGAUCUAAUCUUUUGGCUCUCCCUGAAGAAAUCCUGAUUCAAAUCUUUGUUAGAUUGCCGGUAAAAUCACUAGUGCAAGUGAGGUCAAUCUGCAAAUCAUGGUACUCUCUAAUCACUGAUCGUAGCUUCAUUGAGUCACAUCUCAAACAUCAAACAAGCCCGAGCAACAACAUCUACAGUUCUCUCUUCCUCUUUGGGUACAAACCUGGUUGUGACAUUUACAGUCACUGGCGUUACGCAAUUCGUUAUGAUGAUGAAUCGUUUGGUGAGUAUUUUAAACCGGAGCUUCCAGUACAUAUCAGUUACUUAUCUGUAUGUGGGUCUUGUAAUGGUUUAGUAUGCUUGUCUGGGAGACCGAUAUUUGCAUCAAGAUUGGGAUGGCCCAUAUAUUUAUGGAACCCAGCACUUAGAAGAAUGAAAACCCUCCCCGAACCUCCAAGUCUUGAUCCCACUUUGGGUGCUUUUUAUAGUGUCUAUGUGGCCUUUGGCUUCGAUUACCGUGGUAAUGACUACAAGGUAGUGGAGAUUAUUUGCUUCCCACCAAAAUUAGAUAAGAAUAGUUUGUUCAUAGUUAAUGUUUAUAGUCUAAGCACAGAUUCUUGGAGAAGAAUUAGUGUUGCCUCCCCUUCAUGUAAGAUUUGGAUUGGUGCCCUACCUGAAAUCAUGAAUGGAGCUGCCUAUUGGAUUGCAUCUGUGAAUAUGAAAAGUGAGAACUCUCUUUAUACCCUUUUGCAAUUCGAUUUGGGUGACGAAGUUUUUAGAGAGAUAAUACUGCCAGAUGGUGCUCGGCAUAUACUACCAGAAAUUGCGGUAUUGGGGGAAUCACUCUAUCUUUAUAAUUUUUGGGGGGCUAAAACUUAUCAGUGUGAUGUGUGGACAAUGGAGUGUAGCAAAGUGGGAACUUGGACAAAACGAUUUACAUUUCGUUUUUCGGAUGCCAAUGUGAAUGAUUGGAGUAAGAUAGGCUUUAGAAGGAACGGUGAGAUUCUGCGACUAAAUCACAAAAAUUGUCUGGUGUCUUACAAUCUUGAGAACAAGCAAGCUGAAGAUCUUGGAUUCCAUGCCUGUCGAAUUUCAUUUUUACAUUCUUAUGUGGAGAGCCUUAUUCUACUUCCUAAGGAAGAUUCUUAUUCCACAUGA